AUCGUCUGAAGAUGGCGUCUGCUCUUCGCUUCGUCGCCCUCGUCUGUUUGACCGGCGGACUCUGGAUGGACUCGGUUCAGGCUGACGGCUGCUGUGCUCCUGGUUGGACUUCGUUCGGUAACAACUGCUACAUGUUCAACAGCGUUGCAAAGGACUGGGCUGAUGCUGAGCGUACCUGUGUUUCCCGCGGUGCCAACCUGGCGUCUAUCCACAGUCCACAAGAAUACGCCUUCAUCCGAGACCUGGUCUACACCGUCACCGGAGUUCAUAAAAGGACUUGGAUCGGAGGCUCUGAUGCGUCAAAGGAGGGCGUUUGGCUGUGGAGCGACGGGUCCAAAUUUGACUUCAAGGGCUGGGCUAAAGGAGAACCAAACAACCUGGGACAAGAACACUGCAUGGAGAUCAACCUGGGAGGAAAAGACUUUGUCAACGACGCCAAGUGCAAGGUGAAGAACUCCUUCCUUUGUGCCAAACCCGUUUAGUGAUGUUUCUUCUUCACGUACGUCGCAUCAGUUACGAGGACGUGGUCUUCCUCCAUCGAUGAUGAUCUGUGCUUUACCAGGACGUCGGGCCUUGAAGGCAUCACGACUGUAAACUUCA